AUGGCAUUCCCAUCUGGGUAUGGGUUCAACCCAACUGACGAAGCACUGGCGGUCGACUACCUGAAGAACAAAAUCUUGAAGAAUGCUUUGCCUUGCAACAUCAUUCAAGAAAUUAAUCUUUAUGAUUAUCAUCCUCAACAACUUUACAAUUCGCACAAGAAGGAAGGGGGUAAGUUCAUGUACUUCUUCACUCCAAGGGAUCGGAAGUACCCACAUGGAAACCGGCCGAAACGACAGGCCGUCGACGGAUUUUGGAAGGCUACUGGGGUUGAUCAUCCGGUCACAGUAAACAAUAUCAAAGUAGCAAGCAAGAGGUCCCUGAUCUAUUAUAAUGGCAGCAAUAAAAAUGCAACAAAGACUAACUGGAUCAUGUAUGAAUAUGUAAUGGAUCAACAUAGCACUCCAGCUGCAAGUAAACCGACUUACAGCCAAAAAAGUCAGGCAGCCGCUUCGAGAUCAAAUGCCACUCCUGAUGACAGCAACAUGAAGUUGGACGAUUGGGUUUUGUGCAAGGUCUACUUGAAGAAUCACAAAUCAAAGAACAAGAAUCAAGCAGCUAGUAGCAGUGGUGCUAGCUCUAUUAGCUCGGAGCCUCAAAUGCAAGGAAAUGAUGGGGGCAAUUUGCAGCAUAAUCUUGAUUCCGCAAUCUCAAUGGCCUCAAUGAUGCAAAGAACUCAUCAGAAUGUUGGUAAUAAUCACAACGUUGCGCCAUUUAUACAACGGAAUGACGGGGGCAAUCUGCAACAUAAUCAUGAUUCCACAUGUUCAAUGGCUUCAAUGCAAAGAGCUAAUCACAAUGCUGGUGGUUAUCAAAACUUUGCAUCAUUCCUGCAAGGAACUGAUCAUCAUCAUCAAUAUAAUUUGCAGAGUUAUGGUGGUCCUAUCAACGUCUUGCCUCCAUUGCAGAUAAGACAUCAUAAUUUUAGUUCAACUAGAACUGCACAGCCAAUGGAAGCAACUAAUUAUCAUAACGUUAGCUCUACAAACUUUGUUCCCUGGAUACAAACUCAAUACAAUGGGCAACAGUAUGUUGGUUCCAUAGGCAUUUCGCCUUCGAUUCAACCAAACGAGUGCAAUGCCGCAAAUUACGUUGGUUCAAACUGCGUGGCGUCUGCAGUGCAAGGAGCUAAUGGAUGUGAUGCCACAGAUAGUGUUGAUUCUACCAAUUUUGUGCCGGAUAAUGUUUUUGGUACGCCUAGCUUUACGCCGCCAAUGCUAAGAAUGGAUCAAUGCAAUGUGGGAGACAAUAAUAGUUCCAUCAACUCUGAGCCUUUUGUUACUGAUUUUGAUGUUGAUCCUAAUCUUUAUCUCCAGCUACAAGAUCUUAAUCUUUAUCUUCCUAAUUAA